AUGACGCUAGUCUGCGGCUUCAUCACCUUCCUCGUCUUCCGCGGCACCUUCGGCGCCGGCAAGUUCGGCACGCCGUUUCAGGAUGCCGAGAUUCUCAACCGCGAGCUCCGGUCCUUCCAAGAGAAGCGCCUCCUCAAGUCGCGGGAGAGCCAGCUGCUAUUCUUGCAGGACAAAAUGGCGGACCGCAACUCGCCGUACCGCGCCGGGCCCAACAUCACAGACUGGGACGAGCAGCGCGCGGAGCACAUAGCCAUGAAUCCCGGGUGCAACGCCACCAGUGACGGGCGGCCACGUGUCAUGAUCGUGUCGACCUCGCAGCCGAAGCCGUGCGAGCACAGCGUGGGCGACCACUUCCAGCUCUUGUUCCUUAAAUCGAAGCUGGACUAUGCGCGUACGCACGGCAUGGUGGUAUACCACCACAUGGUGCGGCUGGACAGGGAGAUGAACGGCAUGUGGGAGAAGCUGCCGCUGCUGCGCCGCCUCAUGCUCGCGCACCCCGAUAUAGAGUGGUUCUGGUGGAUCGAUUCGGACUCCAUUAUAACGGACAUGAAGUUCGAGCUGCCGUGGCGCAAGUACAAGGACGUGAGCAUGGUGGUGCCGGGGUGGGACGAUCUCGUGUACAAGCACCGCGACUGGGUGGGCCUCAGCACUGGAAGCUUCCUCCUGCGCAACAACCAGUGGUCGCUUGAUCUGCUCGCCAAGUGGGCCGCCAUGGGCGCGAGGGGCAGGGCCAGGGAGGAGGCGGGGCGAGUGCUGACGGCGCAGCUCAAGGGCCGGCCUGAGUUUGAGGCAGACGACCAGUCGGCGCUGGUGUGGCUGCUGGUGAGCGGCAGGGAGCGGUGGGGCAGGCACGUGCACCUCGAGAGCAAGUUCUACCUGCACGGCUACUGGGUCAACCUGGUCAACAGGUUUGAGGAGAUGAUGGAGCGGUUCCAUGCUGGAUUCGGGGACGACCGGUGGCCAUUUGUGACUCACUUCGUGGGGUGCAAGCCGUGCGGCAGCAUGGGCGAGUACGACGCAGCAAAGUGCCUCGUGCACAUGAAGCGCGCGUUUGUGUUCGCUGAUAACCAGGUGAUCAAACCGUACGGUUUCACACAUCUUCACCUGAACAGCAGUGUUGUUGUGCCGCUGGUUAAUGUGACCACGCGGGCGUGGAUAGCUGAGACGCACUAUGAGAGGAAGCAGCAGCAGGUGGCGGAAAAGAGGAAGAAGCAGGCGGAGGAGAAGGAGAGGUUGGAGCAGGAGGCGAAGAGAAUGGCCGAGGAGCAGGAGAAGUGGCGGGAGGAGGAGGAGAAGAGGAGGAAGGAGGAGGAGGCGUGGCGGGAGAAGGAAGAGGAGAGGCAGAGGAAGAUUGAGGAGGGGAAGAGAGUGGAGGAGGCAAAGAGGGCCGCUGAGAAGGAGGCUAAGAAGAAGAAGAAACAGCAGGAGGGGCAGGAGGGGAAGGCUGGGAAGAAUGUGACUGUGCCGAUUGGGAAGAAGGGAAUUCCGGAGAUUAUAGUGGAUGAGGAUGAGGAGGAUGAGGAGGAUGAGGAGGAGGAGAGUGUGCAGGACAGGAGGAAGAUUGGGCUGACCAAGGCUGUUAUGAGGCAGCAGCGAGCUGCUAUGGCCCGUGCUGUGGUUGCUGCUAGUGCUGAGGACGAGGAGGAGCGAGUGGAGGAGGAGAGGGGGGGUGUGGAGAAGGGGAGUGAGAAGGGGAGUAGGGAGGAGAGUGAGGAGGAGAGUGGGAGGGAGAAGAAGGGUAUGACAGGUGCUGUGCGGAGUGUGCAGAAGGAAGACGAGGGUGAGGAUGAGGAGGAGGAAGAAGAGGAGAGGUUGGAUAGGGAGAGGGAGAGGAGAAAGAGUGCGGAGGGGGGAGAGGAGGGAGUGGUGAGCGGAGUGGGAGGGCUUGAUGGUAGUGAUGACGGUGGUGCAGCAAAGGAGGGUGGUGAGGAGAUUGAGGAGGGAGAAGAGAAGGCACGUGGUGAGGAGAAGGGUGUUGGUUUGAGAGCAGGGCACGAGGAGGAUGGGGAGGAGGCGAUGGAGGAGGAUGGUGCAGCAGCAGAGGAAGCAGAGGAAAGAGGGGGGGUGAGCAAUAAGGCGGAGGAGAGCGGUGGUUUGAGAGGCAAGGGUGAGGGAGAGUAG